AUGCCGCUCCAGACGCCCACGCUCCCUCCCCAACGCCACCAGGAACUUUUUACCGGUGCCGCCGUCAGACCCGUGUACUCUGCCUCCAACCUCCUAGUGCUGUUAAAUGACUGGAUUCUCCGAAAGGAGCUGCAGCGGAGCCUGCCCGUGUCGCUGCCCCAGCAGAAGCUGCUGACCUGGCUGAGUGUGCUAGAAUGCGUGGAGGUCUUUGCAGAGAUGGGGACAGCCAGGGUGUGGGGGGAGAUGGGCCGGUGGACCAUCAUUGUCCUCAUCCAGCUGGCUAAAGCUGUCCUUCGUCUCCUGCUCCUGCUGUGGUACAAAGCUGGCAUCCAGACAUCUCCUCCCAUCGUACCGCUGAACAGGGAGCAGCAGCAGCCUCUCCACCCCCAAGACAUGGAAGACAACUCCUCAGGGAAGGAUCAGACAUAUGUUGGCAGGCGUUCCAACCGUGUUGUGCGCUCCCUCCAGAGCACCCCAUCCCUGCAGUCCCGGCACUGGGGGUCCCCUCAGCAGAGGGAGGAGUCGCAGAGCCGAAGAGCAGAGGAGAUGAACCAGCCUCCCACCCCUCUGGGUCUCCAAGAAACCAUCGCAGAAUCCAUCUACAUUACCCGCCCUCUGCUCCACCUAUUGAGUUUAGGAGUGUGGGGCCAGAGAUCGUGGAAACCCUGGCUCCUUUCAGCAGUCCUGGACAUCUCUAGUUUGAGCUUGCUGAGUGAUCUGAAAGACUUGAACAGGCGAGAGCGAGCAGAGCUGAGGCGACGAACCAUCCUACUGCUGUACUACCUGCUGAGAUCUCCUUUCUACGACCGAUAUUCAGAGGGCAGGAUCCUCCUCCUUCUGCGCUUGUUGGCUGAUUACGUGCCCGGAGUUGGCUUUGUCACACGGCCACUGAUGGAUUACUUGCCUGCUUGGCAGAAAAUCUAUUUCUAUAACUGGGGCUGAUGACAAGAUGAUUAUUCUCUGCUAAGAUCAUGGCUGGACAUUUCUAAGGAGGUCAGGCAGGCUGGGGGAGGGAUGUUGAUAAUGUCUAAUUUUCAGUUAAACCAUCAAUGAGAACUCCUGUUCUGCAGGGUGGGGAGGGGUGUGUGUAAUUUUUUUUAACAGAUCUAGCUGUGAAUGAUGGACACUACAUGUGUGGAGAGAGCCUGGCCACCUCUUUCUCUGGACCGUUCUGUGGCUGCAGCAAUGGUGAUGGGACAACCUCUUUUUUUAAGCACUUGAUUUUUCUCCUUUUGUACGGCUGCACUAUAAUAAAGCCAGGCAGCAUAGUGUUUUUCGGAGA